AUGCAAAUGGCUCGUGAACUGGAUAAAGGUGUUCAUCAUAUUGUAGUUGGAACACCAGGUCGAGUGUUAGAGCUUGUUCGACAGGGUAAUUUACGCUUACACAAACUUCGUUCUUUAGUCUUGGAUGAAGCUGAUGAAAUGUUGAACAGAGGUUUAGGUGACCAGUUAGAAGAAAUAUAUCGUCAUCUUCCAUCUCAUAUUGGCUUGGAUAAUACUAAUAGAAGGAAAUCUCUUCACUGUCAGGUAGUGAUUGUUUCAGCCACUAUGCCUAAAGAACAUUUGGAAUUGUUUCAAAAUUUCACAUCCAAUCCUGUUCGAAUUCUUGUACCAAGAGAUGAGUUAAGCCUUUCUGGUCUACAACAAUUCUAUAUUGAUGUUGGCUCAGAAGAAUGGAAAUUUGAGGCGUUAAGUGAUCUUUUCUCUAGUGUUUGUGUUUCACAAACUGUUGUUUUUGUAAAUACACGACGAAAAGUUGACUGGCUUGCUAGCCAAUUGAAUCGAGAAGGUUUCACCGUCGCCUGUGCUCAUGGUGAUCUGGAUCAAGUUCAACGAGAAUCAGUUAUGAAACAGUUUCGUUCAGGAGAAUGUCGUAUUCUAAUCAGCAGUGAUAUGUGGGCUCGAGGCAUUGACGUGCAAACAGUAGGAUUAGUUGUAAACUUCGACUUGCCAAUAAACACCAGUGAAUAUCUGCAUCGUAUCGGUCGUUCUGGUCGUUUUGUACGGACUGGACUAGCUGUUAGUUUUAUCGCCGGUGGAGAAGAUCGUAAACAACUACUGGAGAUUUGUAAUUAUUAUCAAAUCGCCAUUCCACCAGCCCCAGCACGUUUGGAUAAAAUGUUAGUUACAAGCCGCUCUGUUCAUCAAAGCUGCUCGUCUAAAGCAUUAGACGACCAGGCAACAGGUUCCCUUCAUCAUCAAAUCGCCAGCACUAUGAUAUGCGAGAUUAUUCUUCGUAUUUCUCCCUUUUUCUCUGUAAAUUUGCAUAUUCAUACACUAUGUAACCAUAAUAAACUGGAUGAUGAUGAUAAAAUGAAAGCUGCGGUGGGGUGA